AUGUGUCCGCUGGUCACGGUCGUAUCGGAAAGCACCGAAAGCAUCCUGGUGGUCGAGGUCUUGCCGGUGGUCAGCAUCAUCACAGAACAAAUAUGGACAAAUACCAUCCCGGUUACUUCGCUCUGGUCGUUGGUACCUGAGGAGACUCGCGAAGCCUAUGUUUCUGGCAAGAAGACCGAUACCGCUCCUGUACUUGACCUCCUCCCCCUCGGAUACUCUAAAGUCCUCGGAAAGGGCCGCAUUCCCCAGAUUCCGAUUGUUGUGAGAGCAAGGUGGUUCAGCAAGGAGGCCGAGCGAAAGAUCAAGGAGGCGGGCGGUGUUGUUGAGUUGGUCGCAUGA